AUGAGUUCCGACACAGAUAACAGGGUGGUGGAAGAAUCACAGGAACCUUCGCCACCCGAGUAUGAGCCAGGGACAGAACGGACACCACCUGAAUAUGACCUUGGAACAGAACAACUCCCUGGAUACUUUGGAGAACUUUCUGGGCUUGAGAGCAUUCUGCAGGCUCGAAGGAACAGUAGUGCAACUUUAAGCCGCGAUGAUAUAACUUGGGAUCUGGAGACUUGGCGCCAAUAUGCCCAGAUUUAUCCCCCCUCGACUAAAUCCUGGGAGGAGAGGGAUGCAAAAGAAAAUGCUUUUGCAGUAUCAAGUUUUUUCAUGGGAAUUAAUCUGGGAAAGGACGAUGUGAUCGCGUUCUUGAUCGAAAAUGGUAUUGUUAUGCCCAGUUUUAUCUUGUCAUAA